CUUGCAGAUGAUUCAGGUGAUAGCCACCCCCUCAAAUGCCCUUGCGGAUGAGCCUGUGUCCAUCCGAGCGACAGGCCUGCCUCCAUCACAGAUAGUGACCAUAAUGGCCACACUGAAGGAUGAGAAGGAGAAUCUGUUCCAAUCCAAAGCCUUUUACAAGGCCAACGAGGCCGGCGAGGUGGACCUGGAGUGGGCAUCGGCCUUGGGGGGUGACUAUGUAGGGGUCCAUCCAAUGGGCCUCUUUUGGUCUCUGAAGCCCAAGAAGAUUUUCCAGAGGCUAAUAAAGAAAGAUGUGAUGAACAGCCCCUUUCUUAUCACUCUGGACCUGUAUGACUCUGUUUGCUUGCAAGAUUCAGUCACAGUUAAACCCAAGGCCAGCCAGAUAGUGCAGCGCUGGUUUGCUGGCCCUGGGGUUCAGCGGAAGCAGAUCCGAGAAGGUCGGGUACGUGGAGCCCUUUUUCUCCCUCCAGGAGAAGGUCCUUUCCCAGGAAUUAUUGAUUUAUUCGGGAUUGUUGGAGGUCUAGUUGAAUUUCGUGCCAGUCUUUUGGCUUCCCAUGGCUUUGCAGUGCUGGCAUUAGCGUAUUUUGCCUAUGAAGACCUGCCUGAAAAACUGCUGGAGAUUGACUUGGAAUAUUUUGAGGAAGCUGCCAACUUCCUACUAGCUCAUCCCAAGAUCCAACAACCAGGAAUUGGUGUGAUCUCCACGAGCAAAGGUGCAGAGAUCGGGCUGGCCAUGGCCUGCUAUCUGAAGCAGGUGGUUGCCACUGUCUGCAUCAAUGGGUCCAGCGCCAUCUUAGACUUUCCUCUAAGGUAUCGGGAUUUGUUUGUGACAGCCAUCCAACGGGCUCAGGAACAUGUCCAAGUCCAUGCCUCAGGGGCUGUACGCUUCCGUUCCUUUAUAGAUGACCUCUGGAAUAAGCUGAACCCACACAGUAUACUUCCUGUGGAAAAAGCCCAAGGGUGGAUCCUCUUCAUUGUAGGAGAGAAUGAUGAGUCCCUGGAUAGUAAGGCAUAUGCACAAAGGGCCAUGGAUCAGCUCCACAGCCAUGGGAGAAGCAGUGGAAGAAUGCUGGCAUACCCCGGGGCAGGCCACCUCAUAGAGCCUCCCUAUUCUCCCUGUUGCUUUGCAUCCUGGAACUCUGGCUUGCCUAGCCCCUUGCUUUGGGGAGGAGAUCCCAUUGCUCACGCAGCAGCCCAGGAACACUCAUGGAGAGAGAUCCAGAAGUUCUUCAGGAAAUACCUCCUUCAGUCCAGAAGCAAACUCUAAGCAAAGGGAGUGAC